CCUCCAGCGGCCUAGAGGGGCGCUGAGCGCAUGCGCUUGCUUCCGCAUGCAUCGGCGUUUAGCCGCCAGCUUUUCGCGGUUCGGGGAGGAAGCGUGUGCGUCCCAGCGAGUUCUCCUGUGCCAGCUUCUAAGGUUCUUGCUUUUCCAAACCCAGAGGACAGUGCCCGAAGCCAGGGGACACCAGCCAUGCUCCAAACAACUUGGCUUCAGGAGUCCGUGACCUUCGAGGACGUGGCUGUGUACUUCACCCAGAGCCAAUGGGCCAGCCUGGACCCCGCGCAGAGGGCCCUGUACCGGGAGGUGAUGCUGGAGAACUAUGCCAAUGUGGCCGCCCUGGUAGCAUUUCCAGCCCCCAAGCCGGAUCUCAUCUCCCAGCUGGAAAGCGGGAGCGCACCCUGGGGCCCCGAUCCUUGGGAGGCAGAGGAUUGGAGAGGCAUCUGUCCAGGUGACGAGUCCUGGAUCAAAGAGGAAGAGCCUGCUGUGAAGCAGGAAGCCUCCGGAGAAGCAGAGCAACUCAGAGUGCCGGGAGGUGGACUCCGAAAUGUGUCUCAGCACCUUGAUUUUAAAAGCAAGGCCACGUGGCCAAGUUUCAGCCUGAAUCCGAACCUGAUUCUUCGAGGGGGGAUGAAGUUCUAUGAGUGCAAAGAAUGUGGGAAAAUCUUCAGGUACAACUCCAGGCUCCUUCGGCAUCAGAUGAGCCACACCGGGGAGAAGCCCUUCAAAUGUAAGGAAUGCAGCAAAGCUUUCAAGUCCAGCUACGACUGCAUCAUCCACGAGAAGAACCACGUCGGCGAAGGGCCCUACGAAUGCAAGGAGUGCGGCAAAGGCUUGAGCUCCAGCACCGCCUUGACUCAGCAUCAGAGGAUCCACACGGGGGAGAAGCCCUACCAAUGCAAGCAGUGCGGCAAGGCCUUCCGCAGGAACGCAGCGUGCCUCCAGCACCAGCGGCUGCACACGGGGGAGAAACUCUACGAGUGCAAGGAGUGCUGGAAGGCCUUCGGCUGCCGGUCUGUGUUCAUCGUCCACCAGAGGAUUCACACCGGGGAGAAGCCCUACCGGUGCCAGGAGUGUGGCAAGGCGUUCACGCAGAAGAUAGCCUCCGUUCAGCACCAGAGAGUUCACACGGGGGAGAGGCCGUACGAGUGCAAGGUGUGUGGGAAGGCCUUCAAGUGGUACGGCAGUUUUGUGCAGCAUCAGAAACUGCACCCCGUGGAGAGAAAGCCCGGCCUGGCCAGUCCCCAGGGCUCCUCUUCAGCCUUGUCGCCGGGUCCUCCCGCUGUGGCCACGCCCUCACUGACCUUUCCGCAGGCUGUGCUCCUUCCUGCCUCGGGGCCUUUGCUCAUGCUGCUGCCCACAUCCGGGAUGCCUCCGCCCCCUGUCCAAAUAGUGCAGGUCUUCCAGGCCCUCGCUCCCAUUGUCAAGCCCUCCCCAGUCCAUCUCUCUUCUCGCGAGCUUCAUCUUGCCACGCCUGCGGCUCUCAAGCCCAGCAAAACUCUCAUUUGAGUUUCAUUUGUAUUUUUUUUUCCCCCCUCACCUUACAUGUGUUUCAGCGGUUUCAGCACACACUGCAUUGUAGUCUGUCUAUACAUUUAAAGAUUGUGUUUAUAUAAUAUGUUUUCUUUUGGGGAUGGAAAUACUUGAUCUUUGCCUUGGCCCCUUUCUGGCUUGAAUAGUAGUGGCUGUAUCUGUCUCUGUAUUGUAGGGGUGCUGGUUGGACACUGGAGGGUUAGAGAAGUUUGGGAGAGAGCACAUCCCCGUGUCUGGCCAUUAAGAGAGAAGCAACCUGAGAGAAAUGGAGGAGAGUAAAGAAUUGUAAUAAAUAUGCAACAGCAGACUUUGGACAUGAACGCAGAUUGUUUAGAAUAGUGCCAGAUGGUGCAGUAAUGCAGUUGAAGUUGCCUUGUGCUCGGCUCGGAUCACUGAGGAUCUCAUACAUCUAUGCCCCAGCUCAUGGGAAAGAACCAGUUUGUUUUCGUGCCUUCCCCCAAACCAGUGUCCAUCGUGGUGAGACUGAGAAGCAGGCUGGCAGAGACCUCCAGGAAGCAUCAGCAGACCUGAACGUAAAGUGCUGCCUGCUCCUUAGCGACAGAGCAGUUCUAAGAUAAAGUGGUGCUUCCCUAACACUAGUGACAUUCACAACAGUUGACGCCACCCUGGUGGGUCCAUUAAACAAACCCACUCAUCCGUUCUCUUAAAGAUAUUGGGUGUCGCCUGUGUGCCAGGCACUGUCGGGAAACCAGGGAAAUGAUGGUGGAUGUCUUGAAUCUUACAGUUAUUUGGGGAAGACGGUGGGAGAGACGCUUUAACAAGUGAUUCCAAUGUGAAGGAAAUGUAUGGGGUGUUGUUCGAGAAUCCUGAGGGAAAAGCAAAGGUCCUGAGGUAGGCAGUCACGUGGCUCAUCUCAGAUGCUGAAAGAAAUCCAAUCUGGCAGGGUAAUAAGUGAGGGAUGGAGAAAACAGUGUAACAUGGAGUCGUUUUGCUAGCACACCCCCGCUUACUCGUCGCACGGAGAUUCUUCACGGUCCACCCUAGAGCAAAUAAAUGUGGCCCAGAUAUCUUACCCAACCAUUUCAUUUUGAAAUUGUUAAACUGUAGAAAAGUUGAAAGGAUGGUACAAUGAACACCUGUAUACCUUCCCUAUAGAUUAAACAACUGUUAACAUUAUUUUCACAUUUGCAUUUUCUACCUUCAUACGUACGUAUGUAUAGUUUCCUAACUCAUGUCAAAGUAGGUUGCAGGCAUCAGAUACGGCUUCCCCCCCCCCCCCCCCCCCGACUUCUUCAGCUGUCUCCCCUGAGAAUUUAAGGCAAUCCUCCCACAUAAUCAUAGUAGCAUUCUCACACCCAAGAAAAUGUACCACAAUGUAGGGGUACCAUCUGAUUUACAGUCCAUUAAAAAAUCUCUCCUGAUUUCCUCCAUACCUUUUCUAAAGCUGAUUCCCCCCCCCCCCCAAUCCAAGCUCCAAUGUAGAUUUUCCAUGGAUUUGGUUGUUACAUCUUUUCUAGAACAGUCCCCUGAUU